AUGGCUCCGGAAAUCGUGACCCGCGUCAUCUACUUCUUCUUCCCCUACGAAACAAAAUACAACGGUUUUUUUUUCAGAGUUUUCAUGAAAAUUAAUGAUUAGAACAAACGCCAGAGUGGUCCCUAUAAGGGGCCCUUGAAAGCUCCCCUCUAGGGACCACUUUGCCUCCCCCUAUAGGAGACAAUGAAGCUUGCCAUUUUUUGUUAGUGUCCCCUACGGGGAAGCAUUUGUCUUUUUUUUGAUUUCUAGCAGAAAAAGCCCCUAUGAGGACCACUUAAAUUUUGUGGAGCUCUAUUGUGUCCCCUUUAGGAGCAUUUUCCAAAAACUCUAAAGGGACCACUCUGCUGAAAAGUUUCAAAAUUUUACCAUUGAACUCUCUCAAAAAGUGAAUUCGGGAAAAACAAGUUUUCAAAGUUAUUUUCGGGAAAUAAGCUCGAAAGAUGAGAAAAACAAAGCAAAAUAGCGAAUUUUAAAUCUGCACCCGACCAAGAACCGACUUACGGAUGUUCAUAUGAAUAAACAUUAUAAAUAUCUGCAAAAAUUCGAAGAUUUUUACACGAAAUCAAGCAUUUUCUGGUUCAUCCUUCUACAGAUUUUUGAAUAAAAAAACUUUUUCUAGGGGUUGGAAUCAUUUUCUUAGAGUAACAAGCUUUAUGAAUUAUUAUUGAUUCAAAAAAAUAUAUAAAUCAAUUGAAAAUAAUUCCAGAAAACCACCAGCACUACUCGUGGUCCUACUCGUCUUCAAAUGAAGAAGAAGACUCGAGGGACUCGGAUUAUAACCACGGACAUCCGCACGGCCACGAGAUGUGGGGUCAUGGGAGGACCCGCGGGCCGGGUCCUGACGGGCAGGAAUGGCCCGAUGGAGUCCCGACGACCACUGAGAUCACUCUCGAAAGGAUCAAGGCGGGUUUCAAGUUGUUAUUGGGCCAGUAGGAAAUUCAAAAUUUAUUUAUGGGCCAUCCCCUCUAGGGACCACUUUGCAUCCCUACAGGGAGCCCUAAAGCUUUCAGAAGUGGUCACUCUAGGGAAGUGGUACUUUCAAAGCAUUACAAAAAACUGAAAUACUACUGUAGGGACCACUUAAGCUUUACAAGCUUAGGGAUGAGGUUUCAAGUUCCUAUAGGGACCACUUGAAUAUCACCCCUAUAGGGAGGACUUUCUGUUUCAAGAAAAGUCAAAAAUCAAAAAACCUUUUUACGUCGAUUUUUUUGUACACACUUUGGAACGAAAAAUCAAAAAAAUUACACAUAAAAAAAUUUUUCUUAUUUAUCGGUUUGAAACUAUUGAACACAAAAAUCAGCAUAAAAGCUCUUGAGAAUAUAGUGCGCCCGACCCAAAACGACUUGCGCGGAUUUAUUUUCAGAGCCCGUUUUGAGCCAUUUUGAAUGAGAAAAUGAAGUCCUUUGUAGAGCGGGCGGGCCCAAGUCCUCCCGGGCAACCCGAAGGAGUCCCGACAAGGGCUGAGAAAAGGAUUGGGGCCUGCCCGGCUGUCAAAAAUGGAAAAUUUUGGGCAAUUUUGGAUUUUUCAGACUUUGGAAUGGUUUCAGAUCGAUUUUUUCAGUUUUAUUUAAUUUAUUUCGAAAUUUCUCAUUUGUUUUACAGUUUGAUCCAAUUUUCAACAAAUUCCUAAAUUUAAAAAGCUUUUUUUUUCAGAAAAUGAUAACAACCGGAGAAGAAGACGUGACGGGCUCCAGCCUCUUCGCCACACUCAUCGCCAUUUAUUUUACUUGUUUCAUUCUUUCCUUCGUUUUGAAUGUCUCCGUUGCCGCCGCUUUGAAACGACUUCGAUGGGUACGGUAGCAUAAAUUUAGCUGUACAUUUUUGGUUUCUUUUUCCUCAACGAAUUGAUAAAAAUUAAAAAAGGUUUUGAAACGCUUUUAAAGCUGCUUUUUGUGGGUACGGUAGCAUUAAUUCAGCUGUACAUUUUUUAAUUUUUUUUUCGUUGUGAAGUGGAAACAAUGGCAAAUGGCUUGAAAGGAUUUGAGCGCGGCUUUUCGGGGGUACGGUAGCAUAAAUUCAGCUGUACAUUGUUUGGUUUUUCCUCAUCGAAGUGAGAAAAAAAUUGAAAAAGUCUCUUUAUCCCACGAGGUACUAUUUUUUCUUUUUACUCGGGAUUUUUUUGAAAAUGGGUUGGAAUGUUUUUUAAAGUACCAGAAAAGGAUCAUGAAAGUUUGGAAAUGGAAAUCUUCAUAUCUUUCAAAAAACAGGGGUAUAAAGUAUCAAAAAUGUUCAUUUCCGCUUUUGAUGAUUUUUUUUUCGGAUUUGAACGGUUUUUCUCGAAAAAUAGGGGUUUUUAAGAGUUUUUGGCUUCCAGGAUUUUUAUUUAGUUCUUUUUAGGAGUGUUUUGAUAACAUUCCUGAAAAAUAAUGGGCAAAAAAAUUAGUUAAAAUGCCCCUCUUUUUUUGAGCCUUGUCUAUUCUCUUUUUAAAUAAAACUUGUCAAAAAUCCUAUAAUUUUGGCUAUUUUUUUAAAAGUUUCAGGGUAUAAAACUGGCAUUGAUGUUCCAUUUGUGCUUGGUCGGAUCGCUCCUGAAUGUCACGACUUCGUUACAUUUUCUCGCUUCGAUUCAUCAUCUGGUGGCUCAAGCGAAGGUGAUUUUCCUGUUUCGCCCUUUCUUUAUUGAGAGUCCCAUUUUGUUUCCAUCGAUAAAUGAACGUAUAAUGUGGCCAAAUAGUCAAUAUUUAAAAAAAAAAUAUUUAAAAAAGAAAUUUCUCUUUCACUAUCCAACCAUUUAUUUUUUUCCAAUUUCGGACUUUUUUUUUGCCCGCUUCUAUUUUUUCCGUAAAGUGUAAUGUGUCGUGUGCAUACACUGCGGCGCUCUCGCACAUGCCGCGUUCAGCAUAAUUUUUGCGAACAGUUAUAUUUUUCACUCUCUGGUGGCUUUUUCGAGUUUCGCAUGUUUAAAAAAACAGAAAAAUCGCUUUUUUUGAAAAUGAGGAAUAGAUUCGUCUCGGGACCCAUUGAGCAUGCGCCUUUAAUAUGUCCUGUUGUUUACGCAUUUUUCCAAUGACGUCACAUGCGAGCGGCGGAGAUUUCGACCACGCCCCCUUAAUUUUUGGAUUUGCAUUUUCUUCCAUUAAAAAAAACGUCACGGUGUUCUUGCUAGUGUAAUAAACUUCAAAACCAAUAAAGAAAGGGCGGAGAUAUACGAGCAUGUUAAAGGCGCAAGUGACCGGGUUAACCUGGGUCUUGAGAAGAAUAGAUUUCCUCGUUUCUAGAAAUUUUUUUCUGUGGAAGAGCGCUGCAGUGCUUGCACCCGAUACACGACACUUUACGGAAAAAAUGAAGCGUCGUCAAAAAAAACCUUUUUUUUCUUUAUUCGAAGUCCCACAUUUACCGUCAUAGCUUAGUAGGAUCUUGAAACGACUUUUUGGCAAAAAAAAAUAAUCAAAAAUCCGAUUUUUUCAAAUAGUUCAUUCACCAAAAAAUGAUCAAAAAUCAUCAGAAAAGGGGUAAAUAAUACAGUACCCUUAAAAAAUUUAAAAAAAUGUUUAUCCUAUGGAUCUCAAUCCAUGUGAAAAUCUCAAAAGCUGCGAUUUUUUCUGGGUACUCCAGGAUGAUACAAAGAACAGUUAUAGCCGAUUCACAGCUGGCUUGAGCCAUCAAAAAAAGGGUCUUGACACGAAAAUGCACGAGAUAGUGUCCUGUUAGUCAAGAGCGGAGACAGGCCACGCCCCCUAGCAUCUCAAGCUGGACGUGGAUCGACUAUAAGGGUAACUCCAGAAAGUUCCAGGAAGAUUUUCACAAGGAAGUUUUGAUCAAAAAGGGUUUUUUCCGUAUCUUUCCUGAACGAACUGUAGAUGAACAACCUGACGAAUGAUUACAGGAAGGUGCAGUGAUCCUGGAAACAUUUGCGAUCGUCGCUUUCGUGGACAAUACUGUCGAUUUUGUUCUGCUUUUUUUCGUCUUUUCCCUGGCCCUCUGCUGCUUUUUGUUCUACUGGAACAGUCCGAAGAGAUCUACCGACUGGGCCAGGUUAGGAAUUUUUUUAGGAUCAUCAAAAUUUUUUCGAAAGUAUUGUGGUUUUUGCCUUCUGAACCGCAUAGUUUGAUUCAGCUGGAAAAAAAAUUGAUUUCUUGCGCCCGACUUUUCACGGGUUUUUCCUAUAAAAAGCCGCUACGCGCAAGUAGUUUCUGGUCCGGCGCGUUGAAAAAUGAGCCGCGUCGCGACCGCAACGCUUUGAGUCAUUUUGAGUCGUAUUAGUGAAACCCAAAACGAAGGGAAAAGCAAAAUACAAGUUUUUGAAAAGUUGCUGAAACUGCAAAGUAAGCUAAAUUCGACCAAAAAAAAGUUGUCCACUUUUUUUUCAAUGCAGUUUUGACACAUGGAGAACGGAAAAAUCUUCUUUUUUUGAACAUAAUGCGAAGUUUCAAGGCUUUUUGUCUUGAUCGAAAUUCGAUAUUCAACAAAAAAUCCUGGGUUGAGAUCGGGGGGCUCUAAAAUAUGUCACAUUAAAGUAAAUUUUCAAAAAAAUAAAAUCUUGCAGUAAAGUAUUAGUUUCAUCACUAAAAAAUAUAUUUUUCCAUUUUCCAGAGGCCGGGUGGUCCAAACGGUGUCCGCAUGCUGGUCCUCAGCCAUUCUCGUUGCCGCCUUUCUGGCCGUUUUUGAGUAUGACGCCCACAUGACUCGUCAUUUCUGUGUCAGAAUCGGCGCCGUCACGUCUUCGGCUGUCGGUUACGCGAUGACCGAGGUAUAUUCUGCUCGAAAUGCCUGUUUUUGGAAACCUUUUUUUACUAGUUCAAAUUAAACAAAUUCUUUUUAAAUUGACAUAUUAAGUAGAUUGAAUGAAACAGGGAUGUCAUCUAGAAGUUUUUUUCUUUUUCGUAAAAAAAUCCUUGAAAAAUCAAGAAGGAUCUCUUAAGACAUAGGGGCAGUAAAUACGGGUGGAAUAAAAAUUUUGUAGAGUUUCACAUUGCGCAUCUAACGGUAUACUUGGCAAUGUUCAGAACUUCCUAGUUUAGAAAAAAAAAAUGAUUCAAAGUUUGAGAGAGAAAAAUGCGGGCAGUAAAGUUGCUCUAUGGACAACAUCGCCAUUUUUGCUUUCUUCUUUUUGGGCAAAGGCGGAAUGGUGGAUAAUGGCCGCUGAAAGGCAGACGCUCAAAAAAAGCUCAAAAAAGGCUUCAGAAAGGCCGCAAAAAGGUCGCAAAAAAGGUCGCAGAAAGGACGCAAAAAGGUCGCAAAAAAGGUGGCAAAAAAGCUUCAGAAAGGCUUCAGAAAGGCCGCAAAAAUGUCGCAAAAAAGGUCGCAAAAAGGACGCAAAAAGGUCGCAAAAAGGUCGCAAAAAGGUCGCAAAAAGGCAGCAAAAAGGCCGCAGAAAGGGUCCCUUUUCCGAGCCUCUCAUGUUUUCAGGAAUUUUAAAGGCUCAAUAAAUUAUAGGAAAAAGGAGAGGCAGCAAAAAUGGAGCAUAAUGGCCAAGAAAAAUGGUGCAAAAAGGCAGCAAAUGAGGAACAUUUCUAUGGACCCUUUUCCACCCUUUCCUAGCCUAUGAAAGGGCCUCAGCAAUUUAAAACUCGAAUUAGUCAUAAUUACGGUUUCCAGAUCCUGAUAAAGCUGAAGAUAAUGAUCCCAGCGGCCGCCGCCGUGCUCCUCGGCCUUUCCGUAAGAGUCGGCCUUUCCCGUGUCAGAAGGGAAAGUUCGGUCUACAUUGAAGCGACGGGGGAGAAGAACGAUCGGGAGCUUCUUUUCCUUGCCGGACUGACCUUCUUGAUCUACGAGGUGAGAUUGGAGGGUUAAACAGCGGGCUCUAAGCGGGUGUGCCCGUAUUAAGCCCAGGUAGAACUUUUGGCUUUCCUACCACAGCUCAGGCACCGUUUAGCAAAGUAGGUUCUCAACUGGGUCUUCUUGCAAAACCAAAGCUCGAUUUUCCGCCAAAAGCGAAGUUUGCAGCAAAGUUGCUCCAUGGACAGUUUUUUUUUUGAUAUUUUCACCGUUUCAAAGCUCCCGUUUAGGAAAGAGCUACGAAGUUUGUUAUUUCGAGGAAGAAAAGGUUACGGUACGCAACUUAGUGUAUUUUGCUGUCUUGGCGGGAAUUCAAAAUUGAGUUUUUUUCAAAAAAUAUGGAUUUUUGUGCUUUUCACUUGGUAAUUUAACAGGAAGCUGUCCAAAAAUGUCUAAAAAUUCAUGUUCUAUGGACCAUACCCCUUUAUAAAAGAAAAUAAUCAGUCAUCUCCCACGAAUUGAAACAGUCUGACGUGUCUGGACUCUCUUGAUCUCUCAGUUAACAUCAUGUAGGUCAGAGAAAAGAGAGCGCAGACUGGUCAAAAUGUUAAAAUUCUGAAGAAUGAAGUCUAAAUCAUGAAUUUCAGGCCUUCAACAUCGCUGCCCAAGUUCUUCUCUUUUUCUGUCCCUCCCCCAUGGUCGCCCUGUUUUUCAACCAUUUUCUGGUCCUUCUUUCCACAACUGCUGCUCCGAUUGCCGUGCUGGUUGUUGCUCACAAUGCAAGGUACCUAAUCGUUAUUUUGAACCUGGUCGCACUUGGAAUGGCUCGACGCGUCGCGGCUGCGGGGCGGCUUCUCCCAGAAACGCGAUAAAUCGUUGAUACCAAAAUUGAAGAUAGAGUUUUCUGAGCUCAUAUUGCUGUCAAAACACCAUAGAAGUUUUGAAUACAGUUUUGAGAGGCUCCGCCCCUUUUUAGGGUUACGGUAGCGAAUAUAACAAAAAAAAUAAUUUUUUUCCCCUCGUCCGAAAGAAACUUUUUCAAAAGAAGCCAGUGAAUACACAAAAAAAAAUCAAUUUAUGGGCCGAUUUGAAGUUUGAAGCAGCGCUAAACGCAUCCGACCUGAAAUGACUUACGCAUCGAGGCAUCGAAAGGAGUGGCAAAUGCGACAAGAGAUCCGAAUAUUUUUUUAUAAAAAAAUUUUUUUGGCUUGUAGAGUAAAAAAAUUCCCGAAUAAUGAAUUUACUGUUUCAAAGGUGCUAAAAAAAUAUGCAAAAAAAGUACCAGAAUUUAUUCUGUUGUGUAGAAUUGAAAAAAAAUAACUGUAAGGAAGAUUUUUCAAAGUAAGAACAUUAGAUCGAAUGCCAUUUUACCACAACCGACCAAAAACGACUUGCGCGUCGAAAAACUGAAAGCCAUUCCAAAUGCGACUGAAAAUGGACUUUUUCGUCAAAAAAGACAUGGAAAACGAUUUUUGAUGAUUUUUUGGUGUGGAGCUUGAUCUUCGUGGAACUUCCUAGAGAAGUCAAAAUUUCAACAGUUUGCAAAAAAUAUCAUUUUUCACAUCUUCAGAGUUUAGAAAAAAUUUUCUAAAGAAGAUGUAAUGUUUUCCAGAGAACGGUACAUGAUCAUGUACUCGUGCUGGCACAAAGGUCGCACAGCUCCAGUUGGAUCCUACGUCUUCACCACGAACAAGUACAAGCCAAGCUCUGCCCAGAGUCGACUCAGACUGAAGAUCAAUGAGCAUCACGAGGAGCAGCACCAGGAUGAGCACCAGGAUGACCAGAUCUUCAGAAGGGCCUCCAUCAUCCCACUUCAUCAGAAUCCUCAACCUUCCCCGCCUCUUCCAGAUUCUCGGGAACCUUCAGCGGCUGAGAGACGAUUUUCGAUCCUGCAACAGAAGAGACGAACUUCGGUGGUGGUUCCGGAGGCGAUUCAGCAGGAGGACCUGAAGAAGGUCAUGACGGCUUCGGACCCAUACCUUGUCCAGCUCCCCUUGUCGAAGCAUGAAGAAGAGCUGGAGAGUAAGAAGACUCCUAGAGAAGGACCAGGUCCAGCUUCAGAACCGCACCUAAUCUGGAAACCCUUGCCGAAGCAUGAGGAAGAGCUGGAGCAUCCAAAUAUUCCUGGAAACGGACCAGGUCCAGCUUCAGAACCACACCUCUUCUGGAAACCCCUACCGAAGCAUGAGGAAGAGCCGGAGGACCAUAAAAAUCCACAAGAACCAUAUCUGAUCCGGUAUCCCUUCCCACAGCAUCAGAAUGACCUUGAAGAAGUUCCUUCUACUUCUUCUUCUCACGAAAACUAUCACAAGUAUCACGAAGUAGCCCCUUCUGAAGAACGCCCAAAGCCUCGGGAAGCCUGGACCGAGGAGCUAGACCAGCCCAGCCAAAAAAUUUUGAAUGAGCUGGACCAGCCUUCCUCCUCAAGUCUACCCUACAAAGAGCCUGUAGAAGUGCUCGACUCCGAGCCGGAAGAACCUCAGCACUGCUUCCGGAUCGACCCUCAGGAAGUUCACCUGGAGAUGGAGCUUCCGCCAAGGUACACGCCGCCGCCGGCCGGACCUCCGCCGGUUUACGACAACUACCAUGGUUUCCACAGUCAGGAGAAGAAACGGCCGCUUCCGACGGAAAUCUGAGCAAUUUUUGAAAAGAUAUCUUGCCUAAAGAAUUGUAAGUGAUCACUUAAGUGUUUUUCUGGGUUUUUCUCCCGAUUACACUUGAAAUUUGUUAGUUCAAGCUGCUUAAGUGGUCACUUAAGAUUCUUGAAAACUUCUAAAGCCAUCGCCAUGAUCUUUACUUCCAUGUAAAAAAACCAUGACUUGUAAUUUUUUUAUAAAAAUUCGUUUUUGAAUAUCUUGUCUUGAAAAAUUCAAAUUUCUAUUUUUUUAAUCAUAUUUGGAUGACUCACUGAUCUCAUAAUUUGAAAAUUACUAUCCAAGGGAUCACUUUAGUGCUUCGAAAAACCCCUAGAGCAAUCACUUCCUCUUCAAAAAAUAUUUGUGAAUCAUUUCAAUUUUUUCCUUCGUUCCAAGAGUUCCACUGCUCAUUUUUUAUGUUAUUUGUCGCAUGUCCUGUAUAUAUUUUACAUAAAAAGUUAACAAUUACAAGAAAAAUCAAUGAUAAAAGAGCAAAAGUCUACGGAAAAGGCAUUUUCUUGAUAAGAUAACCAAACUUCGUUGUUUGUUUUCAGUCCGGUGAAGAUGACUGA